AUGCGAUGGUGGCUGUUACUCAGGCUGGAGGAGCGCGCUUGCCUCUGCAGUGUAGGCCCUCCGUGGGGAUGCCGCUGUCGCCAGCAGCAACCGGGCCCAGCCGAGAAGGCGGUGGCCAACAGCGAGCGGGACCCGGACCCGGAAGAGGAGCACGUCGAGGCGGACGCGGAGGUGCUCUUCGGUGCUGGGAGUGGCGGCAUCCUGAGUCCCGCGCGAACCCGGCGCUGCUCGCUGCUGCAGGACCUGCCUCCGGAGCUGCUGGUGGAGAUCUUCGCCUCGCUCCCCGGCACCGACCUGCCCAGCCUGGCCCAGGCCUGCACCAAGUUCCGUCGCAUCCUGCGCACCGACAGCAUCUGGAGGCGGCGCUGCCGGGAGGAGUUUGGCGUUGGUGAAAACUUGCAGAACCUGAAGAUCAUGGGUGUGUCUUGUCAGGAAGUCUAUGCGAAGCUGCUCCACCCAUACAGACACAUUUUGGGACUGUGGCAGCCAGAUAUCCGGCCCUUUGGAGGGCUGCUGAAUGUAGUGGUGGACGGCUUGUGCAUUAUUGGCUGGAGGUACCUGCCUCCCCAUUACCCCCGGGUGGAUGACCCAAUGCAAAUCAAGCCCGCGUUCAGAAUUCACCUGACGGAGAGGAAAUCGGCCGCGGUGGAGUGCAUGUUCAGCCACAGAGGGCCCCAGAGCGGCCACAUCCAGAUGCUGAAGGAUGAGUUCUCCACCAAGUGCAACCAGCCGGACCACCAAAGGAUGUCUGGCGGGAGACUAGAGGAAUUCCGAGCGUGGCUGAGAGAAGAAUGCGGGCGGACGCCGGAGGACAUUUCCCAGGAGGACUGGGAGGAAUUAGUCCUGAUGAAGUUCAUCUAUAGUCAGUAUGACAACUGCCUGACCUACCGCCGCAUUUACCUCCCGCCCAGCCACCCAGACGACCUCAUCAGGCCAGGCCUCUUCAAAGGCAACUACGAUGUCCACGGCCUAGAGAUUGUCAUGCUCAGCUUCCAUGGGAAGCAUGCCAGGGCCACGAAGAUCACGGGUGACCCCAACAUCCCUGCCGGGCAGCAGACGAUAGAGAUCAGCCUCAUGCACCGCAUCCAGCUGCCUGUUGUCCAGAACCUCGGCAACUUCAACAAGCUCUCCCGCAUCGUCCUGGAGGUUCAUGAGCAGGUGAGCCUGGAGCAGCAGCAGCAAGAAGACAGGCCUGGGGACAGCGAGGGCCAUGGCUGGCAGAGCCCUGCCCAGCCCAAUGUCGGGCCACCCCCUGAGGUCAGGGAGUCCGGGGCUGCAGCCUUGGAGGAACAGCCUGUCCGGUUUGUUCUGCUUGUGGGCAUGAGCUCAUGUGACAAGGACUACCCCCGAACCUGCAGGAUGUGUUUCUAUGGCCUGGGCCUCGUUGCCCACCAUGGCUUUAUCAACCCCCAGCGCAUCCCUGGAGUCUUCAUCCUGUUCGAUGAGGACCACUUCGGGUUCAUCUGGCUGGAGCUGAAAUCCUUCAACCUGUACAGCAGAGUCCAGAACACCUUCCAGAAUGCGGAGGCACCAUCCCCACAGGCCUUUGAGGAGAUGCUCCAGAACAUUCAAAGCAGCAGCCGCCGCUCGCACCCACUGAUGAUGCUGGCCUCAAUCGCUCUAUGCCAUCAGCGAGUGCGAGCAGGGUGGCACUGUCAGCACAUGGGAACGGCGGCAUGGCAGGAGCAGGACCGUGGACAGACUGUGGUGGCCCAGCCCAUGCACGUGCAGCAGCUGCUGAAGCUCAAGCAGCAGGCCGUGCAGAAGCAGAAGGCCAUCCUGCCACAAGCGGCAGUUGGACAUUUCCCAAGGGGUCCCGGACUGUGA